CGCGAGCAUGCGCAGUCUGCGAUAGGAUCUCGCCGCGACGCGGACGCUGCGCCAAUCGUGUUCCAAACCUGAAUUUUUGAAUUUCGAACAGUGAAGUGAGUGUGUCCGUUAUUGAUUUUAAAGAUCCAAUUACAAAAUGACUACGCAAAUAUUAAAUUCGACGCAAAGUGUUUUAAAAGACACCUACGAUUAUUACCUAUGGACGUUAUCAUUGUCAGACAACAGAACAAAAGGAUGGCCGCUAGUCGACUCGCCAGCCCCAACAGUAUUCUACACAAUGUUGUAUCUGUUCAUUGUAUGGUCAGGACCCAAACUCAUGAAGAAUCGACAGCCUUUCCAACUGACCUGGUUGUUAGUACCUUACAAUCUCGCUAUGGCUGGUCUGAAUGCUUACAUAGCGCUGAGGUUGCUCACGGCAUCUUUCAGAUUGAGAUAUAGUUAUAUAUGCGAGCCUUGCCGGCAGAAAUACGACCCUGAUGAAAUGCAAAUAGCCGACGCAGUGUGGUGGUACUACUUCUCGAAGCUUCUAGAGUUCUGUGACACAUUCUUCUUUAUUCUGCGGAAGAAAGACGAGCAGCUCACCUUCUUGCAUGUCUACCAUCACUCCACCAUGUUUAGCUUCUGGUGGAUUGGCAUCAAGUGGGUGCCAAGUGGAUCAACGUUCCUGCCUGCAAUGGUGAACAGCGCCAUCCACGUUCUCAUGUACACAUACUACGGUCUCUCCGUGUUCGGCCCAUCUGUCAGCAAAUUCCUCUGGUGGAAGAAAUACCUCACAAUCCUGCAACUGAUCCAGUUCACAGCAGCACUAGUCUUAGGCAUUAACGGCAUCCGGAUGGGAUGCGAGUUCCCCCUCUGGAUGCACUACGUCCUCAUCUUCUAUAUGAUCUCCUUCAUCGUUCUCUUUGGAAACUUCUACAUGAAAGCCUAUUUUGCAAAGGGAAGCAAAUGCAUGGAGGUGCGGUAUGGCGAGUGUCUGGACGACGAAGAAACAAUCGCAAAGAGGAAACUUAAACAAAAUUAAUAAAUAUAUAUUGCGAUAUGUAUAUUUAACAUAGGUUCAAAUUGUAGCUCUCUGGCGGUCGCAAAUUGUUUUAUAUUAUUGUUAUAUUAAGGGUAAUUUAUUCCAUAUUAAUAAAUGUUUUUAUACUUUU